AUGAGUGUGCAUAGUGGCGGUGAAGAACCGCCGCCGGAACCCGGAGAAAAGCGAAGAAGAAUACACACUUCAGGCGGGAAUGCCGAUUCGCAUAAGUAUAAAAUGUUUACGAAGCCUAACUAUAAGCGUUUAUUCAUAGAAAACAAUAACACCGAGUUCACAGUCUACGUACAAUCCACAGAAGAUGAAAAGUUAGGGAACAAGAACCCCAUAACACUCACCAACCUGAUCACAGAUCAGGUGAAAGAUGUUAUAGGGGUUCAUAGAAUUAAUGCGCAUAAAAUAGGGAUUACAUUUCGAAAAGCUGCAGCAGCAAAUAAUUUCCUGAAAAUGGAGGACUUUUUAUGGAUACAUAAGAUGAAAGCAUUUAUCCCAUCAAACCUCACUGAAAGAGUUGGUGUGUUGAGGUAUGUACCGAAGGACUUAUCCAACGAAGAGAUUUACAAAAGUAUGGUGUGCGACGCCGAAGUCGUAUCUAUCAAAAGAUUUAUGAGGAAAGUAGAAGAUGGCUCUAAAACAGAUCAUAAUGUAAGAGCAGCAUUUUAUGAUCCACAACUGGACUUUACUAAAUGUAUAAAAUUAAAUGCAGCAUGUAGCGUUUUCACUGCAGAAAGCUAUGCUAUUUAUUGUGCAUUACAACAUGCAAUUUCUGUAAAUAAUGUACAUACAAUUCUCAUAGUUUCGGAUUCUAAGAGUGUACUAUCUGCUUUAAACAAUGUAAAUAUGUCUUUUAAGCUUAAUUAUAUAUUAUAUGAAAUUAGAGUUAAGACCAAACAGUUACUGGAUAAGUUUAUUAAUGUAGAGUUCGUAUGGGUGCCUUCGCACAGUGGCAUAACCGGAAAUGAAAUUGCUGACGCUGCAACACAUUGGGAACAUUAUGAUGACCAGACAGAGCUUGUGAAGGUUCCAUUUUCAGAUUACCACAGCCACAUCAAAGAGAUCAACCGUAAAUUGUGGAAUGACUACUGGACACUAACCCUAGAAAAUAAAGGCAAGUGGUAUGCAGAUAUCCAAAAAGAAUUACGAAGAAAACCAUGGUUUAAUAAUUGUGAAUAUAUUAAUAGAAGAUUUAUAACAACUAUAUCUCGCAUGCGAUUAGGACACUGCUUAACGCCAGCUCACUUGAACAGAAUAAAUGUAUAUAACGAUAGCCGAUGUAAAUACUGUGAUGCUGAAGUUGCUGAUCUGGAUCAUAUUGUUCUGAAAUGUGCAAAUUUUAAUAUCCAACGUUUAAUUUUAGUAACUGAAAUAUGUGAAUGUGAAGAAAUUCAACAAAGUGUUCCCCGCCAAGUUCAGGAACUACUUGCCAACAAGAAGUUUUAUAAGACAUUGUAUAAAUAUAUAUGUAACACGGUAGAAAAAAUAUAAAAAGGUGUUAAGUUAAGAGUAUUGUAUUGCAAAUAAGUAGGUAUAAGAUUAUUUUUUCUUUGUAAUUUAGAAAUAUUUUAAAAAUUAUCCAUGUUUUCGGCUGAAAGACUUGUAUCUAUGGCCAAGAAUAAAUUA